AUGCUUGAAAAUAUUGAAUUACGCUCAUUUUGUGUCAGUGCAAAUACGGAAAGCGAUAAUGAAGAGUAUCACGAAAUUACUUUUCAAUCUCAUCAAGACGAUUUUACCACCACAAGAAAAGCUUCGAAACAUAAGGAAUAUGAUUUCUUUACAGACUUAGAUGUAGAGCCUGUUCAAAAGCCAGGACAGAGACGGAAAAAGUCACAUGUUAAACGUAGAGAAACUACGACAAAUCUAAUGGAUAUUGUGAAUUCAGAAUUGGCAUCAGUUAGCUCGCCUGUUACGGAGAACACAGUUGUAACUCUUGUAGAUGAAAGGCAAAAGGAACAAAGUAGUUUUUUACUCACUCUACCGAGCAUUACAAGUAUGUUUAGAAAAUCUCAUCGUAUGCGUGCAGAUUAUGAAAAUGGUACAUGGCGCCAGUUGAAAACAGUUAAUUUGAGCCCUAUAUUUCCUAGAAUACUCGAAAACGCAUUACCAACUGACUAUGCUAUACCUGUUCAGUAUGUCUAUCCAUUGUCAUUUGAAGAGUUAACAGUUAACAAAUAUACAGAAGAAACUGAGGGCAACGAUAAAUUCUUAGAUAUUACAAUAAAAAACAUAUAUUUUCUCCAUCAUCAUUACUUUUCACUAGAAAACCUAUUGUGUCGAAAACUCAUUGAUACUUAUAAAACUUAUCAAAUUUGUAAAAAUAAUUUAAAAGAUUUAUCUAGAGAUAUCAAAGUGACCAGGGAAACAAGGAAUAAUAUUAAGGAAGAACUCUCCAAAAUAAGUCCAGACAAGAAAGACGAACUAAAAUUUGAUAAAACUGUGAGAAAAUACACUGGUAAUUUGUUGCGGCUGAAGAAACAGUAUAUAGAAUUAAUAAAGAAGCAAAAAGAACUCAUUCAUAAAAUAAUAUCUCUCUGGGCAGAUGUGGAAAUGGUCCGUGAAAAAUCUGGGAAAACAGAAACCCCGUACAUUAUUGAGGUAAUUAAUGUUGACUCGAAUGAAAACCAGUUUGAAGAAGAAUGGUGUGAAGUUUACAACGUAGAACUUAAUGAUUUAUUAGAUAAAAUAGAGUAUGAUUAUGUGAGUAGGUACCUUGAAUAUAAAGACUUGAAGCAAGAACAAAAUUUAAAUAAAGCAGAAAAGAAAAAGUUAAGUAAACCUAAGCUACAGGUUGAUGUAGAAGAGUUAAAAGAACAAGUAGAAAAAAUAGUUGGUAAAAUCUUAACAAGAGAUAAAAUGGACCUGAUAUUGAACAAAGACGAGAAUUUAGCUUUAUUAUUUGAUAAAAAAGGAGAAAAAAAUUUACUAAACUAUCACUUUGAUAUAUACGUCGAUACUGUCUUCGUGUGUACAUCCGAAACUUACAAAUGUGAAAAAGAUUCUCUGUUUGAAAUAAAUUUAACAGAGUCGUUUUCUAUUCAAAUUCUUCCUAAGAAUAAAUUUAUUUACAUAGCGUUAAUAGAAAAUAAUGAAAAAGUGUCGAUGAUAAACGUUGAUAUCUCUAAAAUUAAUAGAAGCGACAUUGAUGCAAAUUUUGUGACGUACUCUUUUGUCUACAAUAAUAAGAUAGUGCCACCGACUCAUAGUUAUGUAGGCAGUGGUUACAACAUAAAAGAUAUAGCAAAGGAAAAUAAAGUGCGGCUUAAAAGUAGUAACAUAUUUGCAGGGAACUUGGAAACAAAUUGCAAAGUUAGUGUCGAAGCCAGAUGGAAUAAGAAAUUAAGUAAACACGACAUUGAAAACGUGAGAGAGUCGAUGGAUACCGGAAGAAAAAUAGCACGAUUGAUGCACGGGCUAGAUAAGCCAUCUAUUGAUUCGCUUACUGAUCUUAUGGAAAAGAUUUACGGAAAAAAUGUUUCGAAAGAUUCGAAACUUACACAAACUAUUCAAGACUUAUGUAAAUGCAAACUUAAGCCUGAUCUAGAGUUUCCAAUAAAUGAAAACAAUCCAGAAUUCGUAAGAUUCAAGUUGCUUCAUUUACGGAACAUUGGAGGUUUUAGUAAUGUUCAAAAUAAAAUGGUGCCAAUACACGUCAGUCAGUUAUCCACAGAGCAUUUGAGUUGUUUACAGAGAAUUAAUGAGAAAUAUAUAGAUAUUGAAUACAUUAACGAUAAAUAUGCAGAAAUGGAUCCUAUUGAAUUGCAAAGAUUCAUUGGUUGUAAAUAUGUGCAAAAGCUGAACCAGAACAUGUUAAAGAAUCUACAUGAUCACUUGAUGAAGAGAACGCACAAAGACGUUGUACGUGACUAUAGAAACUUGAGCUUGAGAAGUCUAUUUUCAAGACCAACAAAUUUGAUCGACUUAGCUUCCGUACCUAAAAGUACUAAACAACAAUACUUAAAUGAUUCUAUAAGUAAAGAACAAGAGAUCCGCGUAACUGUAAUUAGAGCUUACAAUUUGAUGGACAGAAGUUCUACUAUACUGACGGAGGACAAUGAUGAAGACAACUCCACAAUCGCAGGGUUUAAAGUUCGCCCAUUGAGACCGUACAUCAGGUUGAGUUACCACGGCAUCUCUGCACAAACCGCUACCGCUAUCGGUUGCCAUCCCACUUGGAAUCAAACUGUGAAAAUAAAGACGAAAUUGCACCCCAUAUCCUCCCUCCACAUUAACUUGUUCGAUGAAUAUAAAACUAAUGUAAACGAUGGUGACUCUGAUGACGAGACGUCACAUGGUAAGAGCAUGCACUACAGAUGCUACAGCAGGUGGCUUGGCACUCUCCAGGUGCCCCUGCAUACUGUGCUUACUUCAGGAACGCUCCGCGGUGCAUUCAAAUUAGCCACUCCGCCAUUUCUGUUCGGAUACGAGGUGCCGCAAAAUAAGGACGCAACGCGCACACUAAUACCGGAGGUUACAAGACUUCUGAGAAAGGACACCUCUUUCGUUAUCCUGCAAAUAACCACUAGCCUCUCUCAUCUGGGUGGAUUACAUGCGUACAACCAACCUAUACCGACUAGCGUGGACGAUGACGACUUGAUAAAGCAUUUGAAUAACGCAGUCACUUCGUACAGCAACGAUUUUCUCGCAAGGCACAUAACUUUGACUUUUAUAGACAGUUCUGGAAGGAACAAAUGCGUUACACAAUUUCUGCAGCCGUUACCUCCGCCGAAUUAUGAUUAUUUCCCUAAAAAUCCCAAGAGCAGAGGUGAAUCUGCGUUGUCUAAAAGCUCCGGGGUGUCCAAGAGUUCUUCUUCAAAGAGCAGCGGUGGAAGAAAGAAAGACGUGGUUACGGAACGGGGAAAUCUUUCCCCAAGGGAGAGAGAAUCUAUUUACAGCGGUUUCGAGGGGAACUGGAAAGGGGAGAGCCAGUUUACAAAGAUGAUGAACGCCUGCCUGAGAUACGUGUCCCUUAUACCGACGUAUGAAGUCACAGAGUCGCACGUCGUCACGUUGAUGGGACUGGAACUCCUCAAAGUUCUGUACGGGUCGCCUUUGGACCACACCAUCCUCCUGGCUGGUUACUUCCUCCAUCUCGGGGUAAAGUGUUGGGUGGUGAUGGGUGCCGGCCUCCCUCGGGGCUCGAGCGGGUUCGUGCUCACUAAAUACGACCUGACUAGUCGCCGAGACGUGUUGGUUAACGACCACUUGUUGAAGAGUAAAGGUUUGUUAAACAAGGGCGAUGGGUACCUUUGGUAUGUAUACGACGCUACGACGGGCGAACGCUUCGAGCUGCGAGACGUCAGCUGCCCUCUGAAGACAGUGGACUACAUCUUCGACGAGGACAAUAUAUGGCUAAACAUGCAAUCCUCUCAAGACUGCGAGAAUGUAUCUUUUGAUUUGUCCAGAUCCUCCUAUUGGAUGCCGGUGUUUGACAAGAAUAUGUUUGUGAUGCGGCAGAGCUUGGUGACGGAUUCGAGUCUGUACAGUGCUCCCCCGGAUAUAACAGCUCUACGGGAAACGUUGGAAUCUAAGAUCAAGACCAAAGUGCAGAAGUGGAGGACACAUUUUAAGACAGUCUGGAAUAGAUACGGCAGUAGUUUGCUGCGUGAAUGUUUGCAUCAUUGGGAGUAUUGGACCUUCAACCAGAGCGAGCCCAAACCGGGAGCCAAUCAACGGCUCAAGCAGCUGAUGAUCACAUACAAGGCAAUUGUUUGA